UGCAAACGUGUGCCUUGGCUGGUGUCAUGGCUGGUUUUAUUGCUAUUCUUGGUCUUUCUGCAGUGUGGCAUUUGGUUGGUGGUGUCUUUACUGAAAUCCCCCACGGAAGGAAGACCUGAGUGCAGUGUAGGAACCCUGAGAAGUGCUGAAGGGAACUGAACACGAAGAGUGCUGGGUGCAGAGAGCAUCUCUGCAGGAGCUGACUGCGUUUGUGGCCGUUCUCCAUCUCAGAAGCCGUUUUGUUUUUAAUAAAUUAAGGGCUAUUGGGAAGAGAAACUUGGAUAUUCAUUAGCCAAGCCAGUGAAGAACGUGGCAUUCUAAAUCCUUUCUGCAAUCCAUCGUUCAGACAAUCUGGUUAUUGACCUGGUUUGACCAUAGCUCUGUUACACCAUCAGAAAGAAACAACUUGAUCAUGGAGAGCUUUUCUCAUUGCUCUGUUCUUUCGGGAUGCAGUGGGGCUGGUGCUGUUGAAUCCCAUCUGCAUCUGCUUUCCAACCCAUGCAGAACCACUGGGUGCCAUCAACUCUUGGACAAUGAUGGGUGCCAGUGACGCAGCCCUGCUCACCCCUGAUCUCUGGAUGUCAAAAUCUUGUUCUCAUCAUCUUGGUCCUUUGGGGAGGACUUCAGAUUUUAGGAUAAGUGUCUAUAGAGCAGAGCCAUACAGCUGCUAUGGGUGUCAUGAUUUCUUUGUGCUAAGCAACAUUGUUUUAGAGGUUCCAGUAAUUAAGAUGUAUUGUUUUAUGGUUUGCUGGGAAGAUUGAACUGGAACAGCAGCGUGGAAAUUCAUCUGAAAUAGCAUGGAAAUGUCAAGGAGUAGAAAGGAGGACUUAAUAAAUAGUCAAGCAGAUCCCAGUUGCUGGGAUACAGUGGGUUUAAACUGUUCCUGCUGCCUGGGAACUGGAACCCCUCAUCGGUUCUGAGCCACACAGUGAUGUUGUGCCCCUUCCCUGGCAGUGUCAUGCUUCAAACCUGCCUCGCUGGGGGAUGCUGGUGAGAUUUCUGUUUGAAGAUUCACCAGAAGUUGUUCUGACUGCUGAAUUUACACGGUGCCACGUCCGAUGGCCGCCACGAAGACCUUGGGGAGCGGCUGCAUCCUUGGCGCGGUGCUGCCUUGGGUUUUCUGCCUCCUGUUGGGGGCAGCUUCCUUUCCUAAAGUGACCAUCCCACCAGAGCUGCAGUCAGCAGAGGCUCACGUUGCAGUGAACGCCACGUCGUGCAGCGUCACCUGCGGCCUGGGCCUCCAAGUGGAGGAAAUGUGUGAGAUCACAGCAGCAGGGGAGAGGAAGAACUGCACCACGCGCCGCUCGCACUGCACCACCACGUGGGGCUGCGGUUUGCUGCACCUCACCGUCCCUGUGGGCAAACCCCUGGUGCUCAGCUGCCUGACCUCAGACGUCAUCGAUCUGGGAGUCAGAGGGUACAGCUGCACGUGGAAACUCGCCCCGGGUCUCAUCACCAUGAAUGAUGUUUUGUUUGCACCUUUCAGAAACCCGGGUUUCGCCGUUGCCUUUUCCCCAACCAAGGAAUCUGAUGCUGGGACGUACCGCUGCGACGUGCGCGUGUUGAAGACGUUCAGGGUCAUCAAGAGGAUCUACUUUGGGCUCAGGGUGAUCCGAAAUGACUUGGUGGACCUGGACUUUGGCAAAUCCUUGACUCGAGAGCAGAAGCUGGCAGUCAGGAACGAGGAAGGAAUCGAAGCCAACAGCACCCUUGUAGACGUGGAGGAGAAGCUGUACUUUUGGCAAAGAAAAUCCUUUCGUAGAUCCUUGAUAGGGUUUGGAACCGGGCUGGUAGGGGUCGUCGUGGUGAGCCUGGCUCUCCGCUGCUUGCAGGAGAGGUUGAGAAGCAGAGCUGCAGAGGAUCAGACUCAGUUCUAGUGCGAUUUCUUGUCUCUGUCUCGCUUAUUGUCACAAGUAGAGCAACAUCAGUAUUGGUGCACUGUUUCACAAUGAGGUUUGUAGUUACUCUCUUGGUUGGGUUGGAGAGUUUGGGGUGUUUUUGUUUUGUUUUGCAGCUCGUAACUUGGGAUCCUGUUUCUCCCUCAUCCUCUUGAAUUUCUUCUCCCUUGCCCAGGUUUGUGACACAGAUCCCUGAGGUCGGUAGCUGGAGCAAAAGAGGUGCAGAGAAGUGAAGAUGCUGCAGCUGGGUCCCUGCUGGGUCUCUGUGGUCCUUCCCAGCAGACCCCAAGGUCUGUUUUGGGGAUCUGGGAGUGCUGGGAGGAGCUGAGCCGCCGCUCCCUGCCUGUUGUGUUUGUUUGUCUCCCGCUUCAGAAAGCUGAAGCAUCAUCAGCAGUAGUUGGAAGCUUCCACUCUUCCCUUUGUAGUUCAGAACAGCGAGGCAGGGAGCAUUAGGCAGCACAAGCACAUCUUCAAUCUGAGCACUGCAGCUCAAGGAGCGUAACGGGGUGGUUUUAAUCACGACUCAGAGCUGAGCUCACUCCUAAAAUCUUUAAAGGAGGAGGAGAGGGAAGAGUUCAGCGGGCCUGUGGCUCGUUUUCCUGGUGACUAAUAAGUACAAAGCGUGCAGCAGCACUGUAGGGAGCAUUGUUUCCCCAUUGGUAGCAGAAUCCGCAGAGGGACUUAUUAAGUGCCUUCUCUCUCUGGUUUCUGUCUUUAUUUUACAGUAAACAACUCUAUUUACUCGCUCUGUUUCCUUUUUUUUCCCCGUGAACUCAAGUACAGGAAUGCACCACGCAUCCAAUUCCGGGGAAAGUAAUGAUGGAGCUCUGCUAUUUAGAUCAAAGCAUACUAUUAUAUUUUUUCUUCAGACCAGAAAAAUAAUGCUUUAAUGUAGAAAGAGCUGAAUAUACAAGCAGACACUUUAUUUGCAGAACAUCCUAUUGAAAGAAAACAACAUCAGACCAAAACGUAGCGAGCUGAAUCUUCAUGUCCAAUUAAGUGGGUAAUGGGUAUAUCUGAAUAAUGAUCUGCAGGCCGUGGGGUUGUCUGUGUUUGAGUGAGGAACUGAGCCUGUUAGCAGCCUUGGAUUCUCUGUGGGUUGUUUGCUGGGUUCUGAGGGAAGAAUUCGCUGCUCACAGCCACUGGCAGAGG